AUGCCCGUUGUAGCGAUCCUCAGAGAGAGGAAGAUUGUCAAAUCUGAAGACCGGGAUGAUCACCAGGAACGGCCCGGCUCGCCACCGUAUGUCUGGAUUCAGCUGUGGCGUGGGAAGGCUGAGACGGCUACUGUGGUUCCUGAGCUUCUUCCCGUGGAGUGGCACUUUCUCGAGUGUAUUGCGUUUUAUAACACGGUAGUGCUGGAGUUUGUGCAGACGUCUCAGGCGAUACCAAGUGGUUUCAAUGAGCCGUACUCUGCUCGGGCGGCAGAGCCAAUGAUGGACACUAUCGUUGCGUUUACACUUGCCGUGCGUAUUGCGACAGUAUCACGAGUCUAUGGUAAUCGACUGCAGCCAAGUGAAGCGUACAACACUGCUCAUCUGUGGUCUCAUCUGUACCGUCGGGUCGAAAAUACUCUUCAAAAGAUCAACUAUGACAUUAAAAACAGACCGUUUACCGCCAUACCUGCCAUCCUGCAAAAUAUUCAUGGCAUAAAGGGAGUAGAGCUGAUGUUGCAGUCUCCGGGUUGGAGACCCCAUAUGGAAGGUUUCCUGGCUCUGCUCAAGUUCUACGGCGGCCCAAAGGUUGUUCUCAACCGUUAUGGUAUUGGACACGCACCAAAUGAUUGUGUAGUGGAAUCCGUCAUUGCCAACACAGUUGCCCCCCCGAAUGACCAGAUUCUCGGGGUAUCAGACUUUAGCAACGAGGACAUCAUCUUUCUCUACAGCCACAUGAGUCAUCCUAGCUUGCCCUGUCCAACCCUCCUCUUUGAAGAGAUACUGAAUAUUAAUCACCUACGCGUCGGCAUGUACUACGGUGCUCUCACCCGGCCAGAAGUGUGUCUCCGGGCCGACAAAAUAUUCGCACGCAUCGACGAAUUUGUGCCAAGUAAAUGGACUGAGUCAUACCCUUUACCAGACAUACCCGAAGUUCCGCUCCUUGCGCAUAUCUUCCAGGUGGCCGUGGGCUUGUUUGGCCGUCUGGUCUUGCCGGUGGGAGACGGGGCGUUGGGCCACAAGGAUAGAGUCAAAAGGCGAGACUCUUUACUUCAGCUUAUUUCGAAGGCGUUCGAGUCGGAGAAUUGCCAGAGUGCCUUGAACUGGCCACUUGCAGUCGUUGGGUACGCUCUCGCUGGUGGUUCUCCUAAUGAUCAGGCCCUUGUAAGUCGGUAUCUGGUUGAAGCAGCGAUAGAGCCCAAUUCUACCCAGCCGCUGGUUAUCAAGGCGAAGUUGCAGAGGUUCUGGGCGUCUGGAAUGACGGAGUGGGAUGACUGCUGGCGGGAACCAUUCGUGGUGAUCGGUUGA